AUGUCCGCUAACUUAAACAAGUCACUAGAUGAAAUCAUUGGUACCAGACCAAAGAGAGCCACCCGUGGAGCUCGUGCCGCUGCUCCAAGAAGAGCUACCAAGCAGGUCAACCACCGUCGUUCGCAACCAGUCAACAGACAAAGAACCUCUAGAGGUCCAGCAAAUGCCGUUUCAAGGGUUGCUAGAAUGCUAAACUCAUCUGCUAGCUCUUUGACAAAAGUUAACGUUGAAGGUCUACCAAGAGACAUCAAACAGGACGCUGUUAGAGAAUUUUUUUCUUCCCAAGUCGGUGGUGUCCAAAGUGUCCUAUUGAGUUACAACGAAAGAGGUCAAUCCACUGGUAUGGCUAAUAUAACAUUCAGAAACAGUGAAUCUGCAAAGGUCGCCGUUAACAAGUUUAAUGGUGCUCCAAUUGAUGGUGGCAGAUCUAAAUUAAGAUUGAAUUUGAUUGUUGAUCCAACUCAAUCUCGUCAAGAUUUAUCACAGAGAAUCAAACCAUUACCAACCAGAGGCCAAAAUCAAGGCCCGCAAAGAGGUAACAGACCAGCUGCUCCAGUUAGAGGUCCAAACAGAAAAGCUGCUUUAGCUAAGAAGAAGACUCAACGUCCAAAGAAAGAGAAGCCUGCCAAGAAAAGUUUAGAGGAUUUAGACAAAGAAAUGGCCGACUAUUUCGGUGAUAGCAGUAAUGCCGCUGCUGCCACAGGUAACUAA